AUUAAACAGAACAUCAGUGACUUACGAGUCGGUUAAAAAGAUUCUGAAUGGAGGUGGUGGCCUGUCGACCGAGCUCACUAAAGACACAAUCGAAAUUUUUCUGAGUGCCACACUUAUGUCAGCUUAUGGGAUGACAGAGGCAUGUUCGUCUCUUACCUUCAUGACUCUUUUCGACCCAACCAAAACGACCCAUCAGAAAUACCACUCGAGUUUCAAAGGAGGCAUUUGUGUAGGACAAUCGGCUACACAUGUCAAACUAAAAAUAAGCCCGGACGAAAAAUCUUCAAAAACCGGGGAAAUACUAAUGAGGGGUCCACACGUAAUGCUCGGUUACUGGGGUCAAAGCACAUCCAAAUCCAAUCAUUCGAAACCGGGCCUCGAAGACUGGCUUGAUACUGGAGACAUAGGUUUACUCGAG